GCACUUUGUUUGCGGUUAUAACGGCUAAUUUGUUAGCAUUAACGCGGCUGUAGCUCCUGUCAGGACUUAACAAGACAUUUCUAUAUUUUACAAAAGAUAUUAGUUAUUAAGAAAAUAUAUUAUAAUAUAUAAAAAAGAUAUUAGUUAUCAAAAUUUCUGUAUGAAUUUAUUUUAAUAUAGAAUUUAUUAAAAUAUAUUAGAAUAUAGCUAGCUGUCGCGUUUCUUAACAUGAAUUGGGUAGGAGGUUGGCGAAGCCGUGUAAUGAAAAGUGGUGACACAAGAAAACAAAAGGAGUUUUUUGAAAAGAAAAGAAUGCAGAACAGACAUAAUCUCUCUGCACCACCUCCACCGGUAACACCUAAGAAAGGCAAUGUUGGCAACAUGGAUUUACUUACGAUGUUUAUUGUAGACCAAAUUGCAUUAAAAAAAGAACAUGCUGGUAACCAUAAAAAAACACAUUUACCUAAAUCAAAAGGACUUGAUAAAUAUAUGAGUGGGCAGUCAUUAGAGCUGCCAAUGAGUCCUUGUUCUCCAUCACGCUUGAGCCUGGCAGAGAGCAAAUCUCACUACAGUGAGCAAACACUGGGUUUGAAGAAGAGAAAACAUAGUCUCCUAGAUGAAUUCAAGUUCAAGACGCUGUCACCACUGCUGGAAACCAACCUGUCUGAUGCCGGCACGUCAGUGUGUCAGCACCGGGUUCCGGGCAGUGUAGGUUCCAUUUCUUCAGCCUCACCAUCCUCAUCAGAGGCCUUUAACCUCCAGUCCAGACCCACCAUACACAUCUCCCCCUUGCCACCAACAGAACUGUACAGCACAAAAUCUGUUGAGCCAGUGGAGAUGUGUGAGUAUAAUCCACAAUGGACAGCACCUUUUCAAACAGAGGCACCCCAGACUAGAUUUGCAGAUGGAGUACAGUUUGGGAGUGUCUUACAUAGAAGUGAAAGCAGUGGGCCAUCCAUAUACUCUGUUGAGAACCCAUUUAAUGAUUUAAAGAUGAAUGACCGAGAAGAAAAGCCACACUUUUUCGGAUUUAACAGUGGACUUGAAGGCUCUAAAGUGUUUCUUGCUACAGGCAGGAUACACAGAAUUCCCUCAGAACACGCCUGUGAUUUACCAGUAACCUGUAAUUGCAGAGAGGGCUAUGUCACCUCAGAUGAUGCAACAAACUCUGCUCCAUACAUUUUAGAAGAAGGAAAAAAUCAGGAUGGUCAUAACUACAUGUGCCACUCUAAUGACAUUCUCACAACAAGCCAAAUAAGAAGAGUUAUGUCCUUCAACCAGAAAGUGAUGUGUGACUAUGAACAUAGAGAAAGGGAGAGUAAAGCCUAUGGGAUUUCUAAAGCUUUGAGACGGACUAAUCACGAGCAUUAUUGUGAAGAUCAGUUUGUUCCCUCUUGUCCGCUGACUAACACACAAAGUGGUAAAACUCCCAGGACACAUGACAAGGCAACACAGACUGCAGAUUUUUUCAGUUUGACUUCUCAAGAUGCCUCAGUACAAUGUUGCCUUUUGAAAGAAGCUAGGAUGAGUAUUUUCACCAAGCCCACAUCUCAUAUUCACCACAGUAGAACACAUAAAGCUCCUGCCACUAGGAGGCAGACUUGUCACAGCAAAGAAAAUCCUGAUCAUAGACAGUUUGCCCUAACUGAAAUCCCAAAGGUGGGUUGGAACACCUCCUUGUUGAUGAAAAAACGGGAGCUCACAAAGCAAGUGCCUGAAAGUUCGAGCAACUCUGAGAGACAGGCAUCCAUAAAAAAAACACAUCCAUUACUGCACUCAUCUCACAUAAGUGGUCCAGAGCUAAAGGAGCAGCCAUCAGAGAACAUGGUGUUCAGAGGAGAAAGGUGUGAAGGUCAUGAGGAGGAGAGUGUGAAUCAAAACCCCACUGUGAACUCCAGCUGCACAGAGAAAGACAAUGCCUUCACUGCUGAAACAGGUGGAGACAGGGUAUCUCAGGGGAAAGGAAAUCUUGAAGAAAUUGCUGACAUUCUGCUCAUGCUGAAGCAGAAAAAUAAGCGUCCAUAAAAAUGUGAGAUGACACCGACUUGUUUUGAAUGUUUAAAGUUAGCAUCUGUUUUCAGAAGCUUUAUAGUUCUGUGUCACACAGAUUUGGGUGGUUGAGUUACAGUACUGUACAAUGGAAAACAAUAUUAAAAACCAAAAUUUUACUUCAAA